GUCCAAUCAGCGCGCGGGAGCUUUCGGUUCGCGGGAAAAUGGCAGAGGGUGCGAAAAGUGAGUCUGGCUAGCAGCAGACUGCCGGGCGAUCGGGGACAUUUCAACCGAAGGGAUUGUUCGUGGUAUUUUGUUGUUGUUGUUGUCGUCGUCGAGGCGGCGAGAGCCCCGAAGCGAGGGAGAAGGGGAGGGCCGCGUUCCAAGAGGCGACGCUAAGGGCCGUCGCCGUUCCGCUUCGCCCAUGGAGCUCGGGCCUAAGCGGGAUAUAUUUGUGCCGUGUUUGGUGAGCUUGGAUCGCUUGUCGGAGAUCUGCAGGCAGCAGAAGCUAAAGUGUGCUGAUCUUGACAUUACCCGGCACAAUAUUAACUACUAUGAAGUGGAAUACUUGUGCAACUACCAGAAAACAGAGGAUAUGGAGUUUUACCUGGUGAAAUGGAAAGGAUACCCAGAGUCUGAAAAUAGCUGGUUAUCACGCAAAGAUCUCAAAUGCAAAGAUCUGUUGAAUGUCUUCCACAAAGACAUGGAAAGGGAGUCGAAGAGGCAAAGACACGUUAAAAUCGUCAAUGGAAAGAAGCCCAGAAAGCAUGUGCGUAAUCUUGAUCCCACUGUGGCCGAGUACCUGAAAUUAAAAGGUCAGCAGAGGCUACGACUAGCCGCCUGGCAGAAGGACCUGAACCGGAAGAAGAACCACAGCGCUCUCAUCCUAGUGGAAAAUGAUGUCGACCUCGAGGGUCCUCCAGCAUCCUUUAUAUACAUCAACGAGUACCGACCAAUGGAUGGUGUUGUCAUGGCCAAAGAGCCUGUGGUUGGUUGCAGCUGCAAGGACUGCUUUUCAGAACGGGGAAAUGGAUGCUGCCCUACAAUCAAUUUUACCAGCUUUGCCUACACCAACUCUGGACGUGUGAAGGUGAAGCCCGGAACACCAAUCUACGAGUGCAACUCCCUGUGCCAGUGUGGGCCCGAGUGCAAGAACAGAGUUGUGCAGAAAGGCAUCCCCUUCCCACUCUGCAUCUUCCGCACGGAUAACGGCCGUGGCUGGGGAGUAAAAACUAUGCAGAAGAUCAAGAAGAACAGCUUUGUGAUGGAGUAUGUGGGAGAGCUCAUCCCCUCGGAGGAGGCUGAACGGCGUGGUGUGAUCUAUGACAGGGCAGGAACAACAUACCUCUUCGAUCUUGACUUCUGCAAUGAUGACUACACUGUCGAUGCAACCUUCUACGGCAACAUCUCCCACUUUGUCAACCACAGCUGUGAGCCAAACCUGCAGGUGUACAGCACUUUCAUCAAUAACCAUGACUUCAGUCAACCACGCAUUGCCUUCUUUGCCAUGGAUGACUUAGCAGCUGGGGAAGAGCUGACAUUUGAUUACAACAUCAAAGAAAUGACAGAAGAUGUGGCUGAUACUUCCAAUAGCCUGAUUCAAGCGAGCCCACUUUCCAGUCACAAAUGCCAAGAUUCCAGUAGCCGGGCUUUGCAUGGUCAAGUCACUAAUGGCCCUGUUGCCAUUGCUUCCUAUUCAAUUGCACCAGAUUCCAGUGGAUCUGUCCCUAAUGGGAAUAUUGCAAAUGGCCAAGUUUUAAAUACUCCAAUAUCUAAUGGUCUGGUUCCAAACGGUUUGGUUAAAAAUGAUCUGAUUUCAAAUAGUUCAAGUCAAAAUGAGUCGUGUAACAAAGACACUGCGCUUCAUACCACUGUGACCACAAGCCCCAAGAAGAGAGUCCGCAUUACCUGUAAAUGUGGAGCAAGUACAUGUCGGAAGUUUUUAUACUGAAACCCAUCACACCUCCGCUGUGUUCGAAUUAUUCAUUUUCUAAAACGAGGAGCUUUAUUACGAGUGGUAUGUUGAACUCGUUACCACCUAAUUAAUGCAGCUUUGUAAAUAAAAUCAUAACUCCACUUCUAUUUAAAUUAAAUCAAUGCAGGAUUUGAUUUGUGGUUUAUAUUCAUAAUACAUUUUUGGGUCGGAUUGUAUAAAUAAAAUGUGUAGUAUACCGUCCCCCACCCCACAGCCAAUUGCUUUUAUAAACGUUUCAAUUUAUGCUGCUUAGGCACACGUAUAUUGGCACAUUUGUUCACGUGACAACUAUGAAUUGAAUGCGGAGGAUGGUGUAAAACGUACUUGCAAUAUUACCCAAAAAUCUAUUCUGCAUUGCAAUAUUCGUUGUGAAAGUCUAUGUUUCUAAGUGGUUUUUUAUUGUUUUGUGUUACCAUGCAUGACUUAAAUUGCCUUUACAGAAGUAAAAUGGCUCAUCUAAGAUGCUGGCAAAUGUGUGCUUGUGUGCUUAUAAAAGUUUCCAUUUUAGUGCUGUGGCUAUGGAAAAUAUUUUUUUCAUCAACAAUUGUGUCAGUACAUUGCUAAGUACAUUAUUCCAUUUGGCCUGAGGAUAUUUUAAAUUUACAUUUAGAAAGUUUAUACAGAUUAAAACAAUUAUCAAGAGUCUUGACUUUGUUUUUCUUGAAAUGCAUUUCCUAUUUUAAAACCUUGCCAGCUAAUUGCUUAAAUUAUGCUAGACUAAUUAGCCAUAUGUGACAAUGAGAUUUGUCAUUAGAAUGUCAAGGUUUUAAGCCUCAUUGCUACAUAAUGAGGGUCAAUGUUGAAUUGAAGUCAAAUGAAAGUAUUUUGUAAAAUUUUAA